AUGAAAGCCCCUCUGCUAUCGAUCUUGGUGGCACACCUUGCCUCCACCACCGUCGCUUGGGACCCUUCUCAACGAGACUGUUCUAAGCUUCUGCUAUGCCUUACUUCAUUCAAAUGGUGUGAUCCCAAUGGAGCAGGUUGCUAUUUCCCGGAUGGUGUUUACCCUCUUAGGGCUGAUUCACAGAGCUCCGCAUAUGCUCUUGUGAUGGAGGACAGGAAUUAUACUAUCUCCUGGAAGGUUGACGCCACCAGUAAGGAGUACCCCGUGAGUGUUCAAUGGAGUCUAGAUGGAAAUAAUACUUGGGAAAUGAACACCACGGACUCGCAGGUUACCUUUAACCCCUACGAGAUUCUUACUUCUUUCCCCUUGUCCUCAGCGCCCAACUUGAGCGUAGCGGAAGCCGAAUAUUUCGCCAAAAGGGAUAUGGGAAAUGUUAUCACGAUCAGCCAGCCCGACGUAAAGAUUGACGAACGAUCCCCAGCUUCCGCCGCCAAUAUACCAUUUGAUGCGACAAGUCAAUUCAUUAUCGCGACAGACCAGGUUGAGCGCUUUCUCAAGGCACAGAAUGAAAUUGGACACCGUGAUGAAUACAAUAAAUGGAAGCUCGGUGUUGGUGUCGGUGUCGGGCUAGGGGUUCCUGUACUUAUAAUCGUGACGGCUCUGAGCACCUGGGUAGUAUCGAGGAAGAGGACCGCGAAAUCUUCCGAACCCUCCAAUAAGCCAAUUAAGAUGAGCUCUCCUCCUUAA